ACAGAUGACAUCCCUCGCCUUCCGGUGGACCGCGAAUCCUUCGGCGCCACCAACCUGCCUUCCACUCGUGAGGCGCGGAUUGUUGACCGGUUUGCACGUCACCUCUCCAGAGUGACCCUUAAAGAGGCCCUGCAGGCCUGCGGCACCCACCUUGUACCCCAGCGGUCCCAUCGGGGUUAUCGGAGCCACCCGAAACGUACCCUCGCACCGUCCCCAGACCGCUGCUCCGAGUACCGACAGGAUUCGCCUCCUGUUCCAGUAUCUUUCGCCUUCUCCUCGUUCCAAAAUCCUGCGAAAAUGCUAAGGCAAAACAUGCCCUCGAGGCCGUUGAAGUCAGGCGAAAAUCUUCGUGAUUCUAGCUGCGGCGCUUCCUUAGGAGCAGUACUGGAGGGUCUGCCGAGCAAGUUCACUGAGACUGUGGGCCUCCUAACCAAUGAAGUAAUGUCUGAGGCUAUGGGCACUGUUUGUAAACGCCUACGGGGCAUUUACGACGUCUCAGAUAACUUGACCAAGUCCCUGCUCAAAGAAUGUCUGACCUCCGCCGAAAACUUACCCAAUGCGGCUUCCCCAGGAAACAUUCCUCAGAGGCACUUGCGUCCACUCACUGUGGACACCGGUGACAGGGACAUGCAACCCCAGGAAGACCUACUGUAUGCACUGUAA